AGUCCAUAAGUGUAUUGAAUGAUGCUCUGAGUCAGAUAGAGUCUCAAGGGAAUGUUUCUAUGAAUUCAACAAGCUCUGGAUCAGUGGCCUCCUCAUCUGUUGACACGGCAAGCAUUGUUGGUCGGGAAUUGGCUACCAACGUGUAUAAAUAUACUCACUUAGAGCCUAUUCUAUAUGCGCUUGGUGUGGGGAUGUCAACUAAGGAUCCAGAUCACCUAAAAUUUCUCUUUGAAGGAAGUGAAGAGUUCUGCUGUUUACCUAGCUUUGGAGUAAUUCCUGCUCAGACUUCAAUGUUUCAUGGUGUUCCUUCUCUUCCAGGACUAAAUAUUGAUCUCGCAAAGAUGCUGCAUGGUGAGCAAUACCUGGAACUGUAUAAACCAUUACCAACUUCAGGGCAAUUAACUUCAGUUUCAACAGUUGCUGAUAUUCUUGACAAAGGCUCAGGAGCAGUCUUGCUUAUAGAUGUGCAUACCUAUUGUGGAAAGGACCUAGUGUGUUACAAUCAGUUCUCUUUGUUUUUUGUUGGAGCUGGAGGAUUUGGUGGAAAACGAACAUCAGAAAAGGCCAAGGUAACAGUGAAUCCACCCAAGAGACCCCCUGAUGCUGUCAUUUCUGAUGUCACAACAGCUGAUCAGGCUGCCUUAUAUCGUCUGAGUGGGGAUUGGAAUCCUUUACAUGUUGAUCCAAGUUUUGCUGCUCUUGGAGGAUUUAAGAAGCCUAUACUUCAUGGAUUGUGCUCCUUUGGGUUUGCUGCUAGAAACGUUUUGAAGCAGUUUGCAAAUAAUGAUGUGAACAGAUUCAAGGCGAUCAAGGUUCGCUUUGCAAAACCAGUCUUUCCAGGUCAAACUUUACAAACAGAAAUGUGGAAGGAAGGAAAUAGAAUCCAUUUUCAGACCAAGGUCAAAGAGACUGGAGAAGUUGCUAUUGCAGGAGGCUAUGUGGAUAUAGUACCAGCCUUGGAUAAGCCUUCUGCUCGAGAGCCUCUGAAGACUGCAGGGCUGCAGAGUGACCUUGUGUUUGAAGAAAUUGGUCGUCGUGUAAAAGAGAUCGGAAAUGAAUUGGUAAAGAAAGUAAAUGCCAUAUUCCAAUGGGACAUCACUAAAGAUGGAAAAACAGCAAUGCAAUGGA